UUCAACAGUCAAAAUUGUUCUCAUUCUUCGUUCGCAUGCUUACCUAGGUUAUACUAUUUUUCAAAGUAAUACAAUAUAUUAACAAUAAGAAGUGCGGCAAUAUAUUACUGUAAAAUGUUAGAAAAUUCUACCAUGGGACUCUUAAUGAUAUCAAAUCCAGUGUUCGAAUGUUAUGCAUUUUACAGUUGUAUUCUUAUUUUAAAAAUGAUUAUGAUGUCUUUUCUAACGGUACUUCAGCGAUUUAGAAAAAAAAUUUUCAUAAGCCCAGAAGAUACUGCAAUCAGCAAAGGAGGCGGGGAAGUUAAAUAUGAUGAUCCUGAUAUCGAAAGAGUAAGAAGGGCACAUUUAAACGACUUGGAAAAUAUACCAAUAUUUUUAAUCACUGGAUUACUUUUAGUAGCUAGUAAUCCUCCAGAAAUGAUAGCUAACAAUUUGUUUAGAAUUUAUACAUUUGUGAGAAUAAUGCACACAAUAGCUUAUGCUGUGAUCAUACUACCCCAACCUACAAGGGCAAUUUUCUUUAUUGCAGGUGUAGUUAUAAAUAUUAUUAUGAUAAUUUAUGUUAUCUUAAGUAUGCAUAAUAUUUAAUUGAUAUACCUGUAAGCAACUUUUUUAUUUAGUACACAUAAUUAACAAUUUUAAUACAACAUAGAUUAUAUGUAAAAUAUAGUAGAUAAAUAUGUUAUUUUAUAUUUUGAAGUUUAUUCAAUUUGUACCAAAAGUUAAGUUACUCUUAUUAAAAUUUUGAAAUUCACAUAAUUACGACCAAUCAUUAAUAUUUUUAUUUUAAUAUAUACUAUAAUAUAAUUUUUUGACACACAUGUAUCAUAAUCAAAUUAAUAGACAUUUAUUGUCUAAGGCAGAGGUUCCCAAACUUUUUAUUGUACGACCCAAUUUGAAAAUUUUUUAAAAUAUGACGACCCACAAUAUCAAAGAAUGACCUUUUUUUUUUUUUUUUUACCAUACAACAAAAAAUUUUAUGUAGUUACGAAAAAAAAGUAUAAUAUAUUAGUAUAUAAUUUAUGUAAUUAAAUAUUAAAUAUUAUUUAAAAAUAUAGCGCGACCCACCAAAAGUAUAAUCGCGACCCACUUUUGGGUCGCGACCCACAGUUUGGGAACCUCUGGUCUAAGGAGUACGUUAGUACGUAACAUAGCACAUUUACGUUCAGUGAUCACGUUUAGCUCCGUUAAUUUAAAAAUUAGAGUAAAUCAACCUAUAUAUAUAAUUAUAUUAUGAAACUUGAUGGUAAAAAUAUUAUCUGUGUUCAUAUAUUGGUUUUUACGAUAGUUCUAUUUUUUAGCAAGUUAAGCGUAUAUAUAAUACAGCGUUAGUUAAAAAUGAUCAUAAAUUCAUAACCCACUUAAAAAUUGAAUAAUCGUAAAAAACUAACAUACGAACACAGAUAAUUUUUACCUUCCAGUUUCAUAAUAGGUGAAUUCACUUUCAUUUUUAAACAAACGGUGUUAAACAUGACUUGCUGAACGUAAAUUUGAGAUGUUACUCAUUUGUACGACGGAGAGAACACAUGCGGGUGUACAUGCAUCUGCUUGCAAUCGAGCUGACCAUUAUUUUUAAAUAUUUUUUUAUAUAUUAAUAACUAUUAUCAAUAAAACUAAAUUUAAAUAUUAAAAAAAAA